CGCAUGCGCAGUUCAACUUGGUCAGAGGACGCGACAGAUCUCACGUGUACUUGUGCUGUUCUCCUUUAACUGAAGGUUAAACGCUUGCUGUCGGUUUACUGACUUUAACUAGUUUAAACGUGCUAAAGAUCCAAGAUGGACCCGAUGAAAGCGCAGCAACUGGCGGCUGAACUCGAGGUUGAAAUGAUGGCAGAUAUGUACAACCGAAUGACCAACGCAUGUCACAGAAAGUGUGUUCCUCCACACUAUAAGGAAGCUGAAUUGUCAAAAGGUGAAGCAGUGUGUCUGGAUCGCUGCGUGGCCAAGUACCUCGACUUGCACGAGAGGAUGGGUCGUAAACUCACCGAGCUCUCUGUACAGGACGAGGAGACAAUGAGGAAAGCAGCCGUCGGCACUGGGUAGAUCUAAAAUGACUCUCAAAGAGCAACAAAGUGUGGCCUGGGGUGGUCUGAAGAGAGGACAGGAAACACACUGAUGCAUUACAGACGUCCAAAUAAAAUGGAGCUGAAGUAUAAUAGUGUGUGUGAGAAGACACCUCACCAGUCUUCAGUUAAAUCAAUCUCUCUCUGUCUCUCUCCAGAGUUUGACAUUGUGGUUGGAAUAAUAAUAGUGACCCAGUUUUGAUUUGCCCACAGGUUGCUUGUCAAAAUGCAGAAUCCUUGUUGGAAUUGGUAUCAGUUACUGUGACUUGAUUGAAUUACUCAUCAAUUAGUGUUUUGUUUAAAAGCCCCGGUGUAUGUGGAUCAGGUUCUGCAUGAUGGACAUUACAUUUAUGUUGGUUUUCCCUUUUGUUUUUUAAUGUUUUUCUUACAACAAUUCAUACUGACACUGUGCAAAAUAUGUUUUAUUGUUUAUGUUGGAAGACUCACACUUGCAGCAUAGUAUAAUUAAAUCUCUUAUAACA